CUUUCUUAAUGUACUAUUCAAUGAGCCCAUUCACUUGAACAAGAGUAAUAUAUUAUUAAACUGAUUUUCUUACCACAGCAGUCUUUGGUUUGGUUUCAGACAGACGUUGGUUGAGCAUUGACGCUGAGCAACGUCUCCGAUUUCAAAGCGGAACUCAAGUUGAGUCGGAGGCAGAGUUUGUGUUUCCACACGAGCCGAUAAGCUCAAUAAUCGUCGUUACGUAGCGGAGAUGGCAGCACUCCGAACGGCACUCCAUGGACGACUGGUUCAGACCCUCCCUUUCUCCUUUGGUUCACUGCGGUUUGCCAGCACCUUCAAGGCCGCAGAUCUUGUCAUCGAACGCAACCAAGCAUGCAAACCCAAGCCGGACCCCUCCAACCUGGUGUUCGGGAAACAGUUCUCCGACCACAUGCUGACCAUCGACUGGUCAGAAAAAGGGGGCUGGGAGGCUCCUCAGAUCAAACCUUUCCAGAACCUGUCGCUGCACCCGGCCAGCUCCGCCCUGCACUACUCCAUAGAGCUGUUUGAAGGCAUGAAGGCGUUCCGUGGAAUCGACAACCACAUCCGUCUGUUCAGACCCAUGAUGAACAUGGCAAGGAUGCACCGGAGUGCUGACAGAUGCUGCCUCCCUUUGUUUGAUAAAGUUGAGCUGUUGGAGUGCAUCAGGAAGCUCGUGGAGGUCGACCAGGAUUGGGUUCCCUUCUCCCAGGACGCCAGCCUGUACAUUAGACCCACCUUCAUAGGAACUGAGCCGUCCCUCGGCGUGUCUCGGGCGGGAAAGGCGAUGAUCUUUGUCAUCAUUGGCCCAGUAGGACCGUACUUCGCCACAGGCUCCUUUAACCCUGUUUCCCUGCUGGCCGACCCGUCAUAUGUCCGGGCUUGGCAAGGGGGAGUCGGGUCCUUCAAGAUGGGAGGUAACUACGGUCCUACGAUAGCAGUGCAGAAUGAGGCGGUGAAGCGAGGCUGCCAGCAGGUGCUGUGGCUGUACGGAGAGCAAGAGGAUAUCACAGAGGUCGGCACCAUGAACCUCUUCAUCUACUGGACCAAUAAGAAUGGAGAGAGAGAGCUGGUUACUCCUCCUCUGGACGGCAUCAUUCUCCCAGGAGUCACCAGACAGUCUCUGCUGGACCUGGCCAGAGAAUGGGGUGAAUUUAAGGUGACAGAGCGUACGAUGGGGAUGAAGGAGCUACUUGGAGCUCUGGAUGCCGGGAGGAUCAUGGAGGUGUUUGGAGCAGGGACAGCAUGUGUUGUCUGUCCUGUUGGCAGCCUCCUCUACAAAGGAGAGACGUACCAGAUCCCGACCAUGAAGAACGGUCCUGACCUGGCGAAGAGGUUCUACAAAGAGCUUACUGAUAUUCAGUACGGACGCAAAGCCAGUGAGUGGGCACCACUGGUCGUCUAAACGGCAGCAUUGCACAUGCCAGUUUUAUCUACAGUUAGUCCCAUAAUUCCACUUUGGACGACCAGCAGCCCCCUCCUCCUACUCCCCUCCUCUCUCCUCCCAGCACACUAAUGCACUCCUGCUUACUCACCAGCCGAGGAGACGGACGCCUCUCUCCGUCGGUCUGCUCGGGUGACUUCUCCACAUGAGGCUUUCCAUGUGGACUCUCAUAGGAAGACGGUUACUGAUCGGAUGUUAACAGCUUGCUUUGGUGAAGCAGUAUUAACAAUAUGCAACUUUUAACUUAACCUCGAAGUGUGCAAUGCAAAGCAGGAAAACAACGGUCCCUGGAUGGGUAAUGGUUAAAGUUGAAUGUUCCUAGUGAGAUCUGCAAGUCUAACAUGAGGGCAUUCAAAUCUGUAAGUGAAAUUAAUUCAUCCUUCUGUUUAGAUAGAUGAAUUCCUCUGUGGUCAGUGCUUCAAGCUAAAAGCACAAACAUAUCCUGGCAUUUAUGAAAAAGGCACAAACUGACACAUUUUAUCUGUAGGAGGGGAAGUAUUUCUAGUAGUAAAGCCACAUAUUUGGUGAGUAGGACUUGAUUUAGCUGCAUUCUGUAGGGUACUGUCUCUUUAAUAAAUAUAUUAAAAUGUUUUCAGCAGGAAAAAGUACGCUAAAAUAACUCGUACUACUUGCAACAACCUGUGGUGUUUUCUCGUAAACAUUUGAGCUGUUACGUACAAGUAGUACCCGUAAACGCAUCAUAGGAUAUGUUUUUUACUGUCGUGUACAUAAUGAUGAAAGAGUACUGCCGUAGUUAUAUGGGGCCACGUCACUUUGACACCAGUUUGCACUGACCUUAUUCAUGUCAGUUAUGUAUCUGAUGAGGACGGAAAACAGCUUUUUAGAGAGGAAAAACGAGCGGAUUUUAUGUUUUAUUGGAUUUUGUUCGUGAAGACGUCAACUGCACAAAGAUUGAGAUUAAAAAGAUGAGAUCUAAGUGAACCUGAGCACGCACAAAUGGUAGCCUCCACGCUGUAAAAGAGAUACUGUUGGAUGCUGGCAGUGACUCCUGCACUAGUUUGGGUGUAAUCAUUAUGAAUACAAUGUAUAGUAACAAGUAGGUUGUUAUUUUAGGAUUUUAAAUUAUAUUUUUCUUUUUAGAAUGUGAAAAUUAGGCCGACUGUCUUCCAAAUACUUGACUGUAUGGCAGGUGUUGUACUGUACUCUCUGCAUCAUGUGCUUCCUUUGCUGGUUUCCGCUCUUUGAAUGUAUUGUCGUUUUUACACAUACUUUAUAUAGGACUGUCCCUCUCUGUCUAAGUGCCUGACCUUGGUUUGUUGGCUUGUUCUCUGUGGAUCUUCAGCUACUGUUAUGUGUUUUCCAGUUUGUGCACUAGGGGAUAGAGCUGGAUUCUUCGAGUCAUGACAAUUUAGAUUUUUUGUUUUUUUAAUGUGCUGUUACUUUUAUUCUGCUGUUACGUUUUUACAUUAAACCUGAUUUGAGUUCA